GUUACUCUCUCUCCUAACUCCGUCCUUUCAUUCUGAGCCUGUGAGCCUGCGGGUAGGACAGCAGCCCCAGCUCCCCUCUACCUGUGCACAGCAUCCACGGCCGCCUUCCCCUCUCAGGACAGUCGCACUGCAGCACCCACAGAGAAGUAAGAAGUCCGACCUGCCUCUGCUGAGAUGUUGCUGGAAAGAGCCAGAUUUGUUAAGAUACUUCCAAUUUUUUGUGCAGUUUGUCAUCUCACGGUGACGUUUCCCACCCGAAAUCGACACGCAUAUGAUGAUGCUCGACAGCUCCAAGUGAACAUUUCCCUCUCAGGUGCAAUUUUUGGCUCGCUGGGCAGCUCCAUCUCCAUACCUUGCUUGGCGUCGCUAUCCUCCAAACUCUCUCCUGGCUCUUCCCCCCCUGUGGUACCGCGGAUAAAAUGGACAGUGGUGUCUGGUGGGGUAGAAAAAGAGAUCCUUGUAGCACGGGGUGAGAGACUAAGGGUCAAAAAAGCGUACCAAGACCGUGCAGCAAUGCUCAACUAUACCUCCUCUCCUGAUGACCUGUCCCUUUGGCUGGGAGAUUUGCGCCACAGUGAUUCAGGUCACUAUCGCUGUGAGGUGCAGCAGGGCCUGGAGGAUGCCAGUGACCUCAUUGAGGUCAAAGUCAGAGGUGUUGUGUUCCACUACAGAGAUGCUUUCGACCGGUAUGACCUUACCUUCCAGCAGGCUAAAGAGGCUUGUAAGGCCAUGGAUGCACAAAUUGCAACUCCCGAUCAGCUGCUGGCAGCCUUUAAUGACGGAUUUGAGCAGUGUGAUGCGGGCUGGUUGUCAGACCAGUCUGUGAGGUACCCAAUCCACACGCCUCGUGAACCUUGUUAUGGUGACAUGAUUGAAAAACCAGGAGUGAGAAACUAUGGGACAAUGGAUCCGGAAAAAUUGUUCGAUGUUUAUUGCUAUGCGGAACAAAUGAAUGGAGAAGUGUUCCAUGACACUGUCCCUCAGCGUUUGUCAUUUGAUGAAGCGCAGGAUUACUGCAUUUCUCUAGGGGCAAAGCUUGCUACACCAGGACAGUUGUACACAGCAUGGAGUGAAGGACUGGACUAUUGCAGUCCUGGCUGGCUUUCUGAUGGCAGUGUUCGAUACCCUAUCAUAACCCCUAGACAGCAUUGUGGUGGCUUUCAGCCCGGUGUCAAAACGGUGUAUCGUUUCACUAACCAGACUGGUUUUCCAGAGCCUUCCAGCCUUUAUGAUGUUUAUUGUUUCAAAGGAAAAUCUGAUGAAUUCCAAGUCAGUGAAGUAACCACAGAAGCUGGGGACACUGAACAAAAUGUUGUUAUUUUAAUGGAAACAGAUCAAGAACUUAAACUGAAUCAACAAGCAGAACAGGUGGAACGGGAGGCCCAAAGUGUUCUUAUAUCAUUGCCCUUUAUUUCUAGUAUUUAUACUGGAAAAACCUCAGACACCACAGACCCAACUGUUAUAUCAGACAUAACAGACUCCCCCUCCAGCACAUCUGCGGUGGACCUCCUUCAUCGGCUUGAGAAAACUUCAACAAUUAGCAGCUUUCAGCAGCCAGUGGUAGUGACCCAUGCCAUCAGCAGCACAGACAGCUACAAUCCACAAAACAAUUCAUCCUAUUUGCCCGCCGUUUACAAUGAGACUGAUCAGAACCAGAACCAGAGCCUCAGUUUUCAGUCUGAGUUUGAAAGAACCACAUACUCACCUCACACACAGAACAUAGUGCAGGAGGUAAAUCUUGAGGAGACCACACCAGGAACUGAGAAGUUGAAGCAUCCCCAAGACUUGCAUGAGUUCAACUUAACUGUUGACCGAGCAGUGACCAAUGACAGCGAAGUCAGCAGCGACCAUACUCAAGAAGAAGGUUUCUGGGAGGCAACCACCCUGACUGUUAACCCCAUGCUUCAGGGUAGGUAUGAGGAUGCAGAGGUAGAAGAUCCUGUGCAAAUGAUGACCACGACUCACACCUCACAAGAAGAAGGACUACUUCCCACACAAGCAGCCCAAACUAAUGAAUCAGCCACUGAGACACUGACCUCUCUGUGGACAAACAUGGAUGGGUCUGCAGAGAAUUCUGAAGAAAAGGACACUGAAGUAGAGGGAGUCACCUUCCUUCCCUCAUCGCUUUCUUCCACUGGAGAAAAUAAAGUUGUCUCAACUAUUGAUUAUGGAGAGGAAGCCACCGGGGCUACAUUCUUUGUACUCGAAGGAGAAGAUAAAGUUACCCCAACCAUUGAUUAUGAAGAGGAAGUCAAUAGUGUUACAACCAUUGUCGUGGAAGGAGAAGAUAAAGUUGCUCCAACCCUUGAGGACUUUAGCAUUUCUCCUCUCAAUUCACAAACAUCUAAGUGGGCUCUACUGACCACCACAACUGAACCCCAGCUGUCUGUCAGUGAUGUUGAGUUCAGACAAAAAUUCUCCUCCACAACGGCCUCAGAGUCCUCUGUGACAACAAAGCCCAUUACUGGAACUACCAAGACGACAUCAGCCCCAAUUACUACCACACACGGGUCCAGACACAACCUUAGCCCAGCCACCACAACAAAAGAAGUGUUCCUCGAAACUGCUGAGCCACAGAAGGAGACCCAUCUCAUACCACCCGUGGAUCAUGGUCUCAUUGAUGUUGAGAUUAGCCUUACCAAGCUGCCAACCCUGCUUAUCUUGCCCAAUGAGGGGGCAGCUGUAGGCGAUGCAGGGAACUCUUCAGAUGCCUGUGACGAAGACCAGUGUCUCAAUGGUGGCACCUGCUUUGAAUCAAAUAAACAGGUUAAAUGUCUCUGUUUGCCAACAUAUGGAGGAGACUUCUGUGAAAAUGACCUGGAGCAAUGUGAACCAGGCUGGGACAAAUUUCAAGGUUUUUGCUAUCGUCACUUCGGCCAACGUCUGACCUGGGCGGCUGCAGAGCAGCACUGUCGCAUGAUGGGAGCUCACCUGGCGUCCAUCAUGUCCCCUGAAGAGCAGGCAUUCAUCAACGACAACUACAAAGAGUAUCAGUGGACAGGUCUUAAUGAUAAGGCCCUUGAGGAUGAUUUUGUCUGGUCUGAUGGAAACCCGUUGAUGUAUGAGAACUGGUACAAAGGGCAGCCAGAUAGCUACUUUCAGUCAGGAGAGGACUGUGUGGUGAUGGUGUGGCAUGAUGAUGGGCGCUGGAGUGAUGUUCCCUGCAACUAUCACCUCUCAUACACCUGCAAAAAAGGCACCGCCUCUUGUGGCCCCCCACCAAAAGUACGAAAUGCUUCCCCAUUUGGUAAAGUUCGACAGCGUUAUGGCAUCAAUGCAAUUGUGCGAUAUCGCUGCGCAGAAGGUUUCCGGCAAAAACUAAAACCUCUGAUAAGGUGUCUGUCAGGAGGCCGCUGGGAGAGACCAGAAGUUUUGUGCGUCCAUGGCUCUAAAGGCAAAGCGCUUUCAGUGACAGAGAGCAACUUUGCAGCGGCUGAAAAUGAAUUUGAAUCCACGACAGAGGCACCUCAAUACUGGGACAUCAAGUUUUAAAAGACAGUUUUUAUAUUCAUGCUUUGCAAAAAAUGUUUAAUGUAAAAUGACUAGAUGUAAAGAAUCUGAAAACAAGUAGGACAAAAUGAGCCACUCAAAGUCAAGCUUCCUUUCAGGCAAUAACAAUAAACCUGAAUGAAAAGGCACAGUCACACAUACUGUAGAUAUUUUUUUACAGUGAUCAUUCUGUGACCAGAUGAACUCUUUGACCUUCAAACAUUAAAUCCAUGAAAUUUGAAUCACAUCUUUAAACAGUCUUUUACAAAGGUUUUCUGAUAAGAGUUUUCCAACAAAAUGGUGCUAAAGGUUUUUAGACACUUUAAUUACCGUAAGUUUUUUUUCAUCUUAUUGCUUUAUGUUCCUGCUUUGUAAAACAAGAAAAUACUCCAAAGUAAACCUUAAACAACCAAUAAGUGCUGUAUAUAUAUAAUGGUUUUCAUACCUGAGAUCUUUGGUCCCAUUUUUCUGAAAGAAAUCUUUAAAUGUCAAACAGACGCUGUUUUGUUCGUUGGCUUUAUGUUGUAAUAAAGUUUUGUAGAACAGAACAAAGAAUAAAUCAUUCACCUAAUACCCCUGAAAUCGUAUGCAGGCUUACUUUUGUGGAUUAUUGUGCAGAACAGUAAGUUUAAUAAGAGUGGUAAUUUAACUGAUCUCUCCUCCUUCCACUGUAUUAUGUAAUUUUCCUCCAACUACAAUGAAACCUUUACUGCUUCUUUACAAGUGAUCCAUGAUUAUAAGAAUCACAGAGAAAAAUUAACCAAAGCGCUUCAACAUGAGGUAACCAAUUUGAAUAUACACAUGUUGCUUGCUCAAGCCUGUCCAGAAUGCUGAAUGGGAAUUUUGAAUAAAUAAAAAUCAAAGAAAAAAAAUUGCAUUUUUUCUUCCCUUGUAACUAUUUUACUGAUUAAAAUACAUAGUUAUUAUCUGAAGAAAAUGUGUCUUUAAAUAUUGUGAAAUAACCAGCAGAGGUGGGA